AUCUCAUUGAUAUUCUACUCCAGGAUUUCCCCCACUUUCUCAAGAAACAAUGGAGGCCAUCAAGAAGAAGAUGACAUCCUUGGCCGCCGAAACUGCCAAUGCCGAGGCUAGGGCCAAGAAGUACGAGGAUGAAGCCAAAGUGGCCAACGACAUUGCAGACAAAACAGAGGACCAAGUGAGGAACCUGCAGAAGAAGCUUCAAACCCUCGAGGGCAAAUAUGACUCGACCACAGAAAAUCUGUUCAAUGCGGAGGCCAAACUAGAGGAGAAGGAGAAGAUUCUCGCCAAUGCUGAGGCGGAUGUGGGAAAUUUGGCUCGCAGAAUCUUACUCGUUGAAGAUGAGGUCCAAAGAAGUGAGGAGAGGCUAGCAAAGUCUGUCCAGAACCUCUGUGCCGAAUCCAAACGAGCUGAUGACACCAUUCGUGGUCGACAGAGGCUUGAGCAAGCCCAAGCGGCAAACGAGGAGUCUAUUGACACAAUUGAGAGCCAAUUAAAAGAGGCCAAGUUCAUGUUAGCCGAAUCUGAACGGAAGUACGACGACAUUGCCAGAAAGUUGGGCCGAAUGGAAUCCGAUCUCGAGCGCGCCAACGAACGUGCCGAGCUUGGAGAGGACAAGAUCAUUGGACUGGAGGAGGAGCUCAAAGUGGUCGGCAAUAAUCUCCAGCAAUUGGAGGUGAGUGAGGAGAAGGCCAAUCACCGGGAAGAAACCUACCAGAAACAAAUCCAUGAUUUGAUGGAACGCCUCAAGGCAACGGAAACUCGAGCUGAGAAUGCAGAGAUGAACAUCCAGAGACUGAACAUUCGCAUUGACCAAGUGGAAGAUGAUCUGUUGGCGGAGAAGCUGAAAAUCAAGCACAUCUCGGACGACUUGGAUGGAACCUUCCGAGAGAUGAACUACUUUUGAUGGAGGAAAUGAGGAUCACGGCGGUCUAAUCCGUUCGCUAUCGAUAUGACGAAAAAAAUCUCUAAUGCUCUUAUGUUUCAAGUCUGUCCUUCGGCAUGAACAAAAAAAAAAGCACUCAGAUCAA